AUGGCGGAAUUUGUGCGGUCUCAGAUCUUCGGUACCACCUUCGAGAUUACCAGCCGGUAUUCGGACCUCCAGCCGGUGGGCAUGGGAGCCUUUGGGCUCGUUUGCUCGGCGCGCGACCAAUUGACCGGCCAGCCCGUGGCGGUCAAGAAGAUCAUGAAGCCCUUCAGCACGCCCGUUCUGUCUAAGCGAACCUACCGAGAGCUGAAGCUGCUCAAGCAUCUUCGACAUGAGAACAUCAUUAGCUUGAGCGACAUCUUUAUCUCCCCUCUCGAGGAUAUUUACUUUGUGACCGAGCUACUGGGCACAGAUCUCCACCGCCUCUUGACUUCUCGCCCUCUCGAGAAGCAAUUCAUCCAGUACUUUCUUUACCAGAUCUUGCGUGGAUUGAAAUAUGUUCACUCCGCGGGUGUGGUCCACCGUGAUUUGAAGCCCAGCAACAUCCUAAUCAAUGAAAACUGCGACUUGAAAAUCUGCGAUUUCGGUCUGGCGCGUAUUCAGGACCCGCAAAUGACCGGCUAUGUGUCAACACGAUACUAUCGGGCUCCCGAGAUUAUGCUCACGUGGCAAAAGUACGACGUGGAGGUGGAUAUCUGGAGUGCGGGCUGCAUCUUCGCCGAGAUGCUGGAGGGCAAGCCGCUUUUCCCCGGAAAGGACCACGUCAACCAAUUUUCUAUCAUUACCGAGCUGUUGGGUACCCCUCCGGACGACGUGAUCCAGACCAUCUGCAGCGAAAACACUUUGCGAUUCGUCAAGUCCCUCCCGAAGCGCGAGCGCCAAUCCCUGGCCAACAAAUUCAAGAAUGCUGAUGCGGAUGCGGUCGACCUUCUCGAGAAGAUGCUUGUGUUCGAUCCCAAGAAGCGAGUUCGCGCUGGUGAGGCGCUGGCCCACGAGUACCUCGCGCCCUACCACGACCCCACCGACGAACCGGUCGCCCAAGAGAAGUUCGACUGGUCCUUCAACGAUGCUGAUUUGCCCGUUGAUACUUGGAAGAUUAUGAUGUAUUCCGAAAUUCUCGACUUCCACAACAUCGACCAGGGCAACGAGGCUGGACAGGCUCUGGUUCAGGGCCCAGUGCAGGGAAACUAUCCCCAGUCUUUCGCAUAG